GCAAUGCUUUUUUCAAACACCAACCAAAGAGCGUUUGAAACAAUAGUGUUUUGGAUUGUAGAGUAAUAAAUCUCAUAGUUUAUAAAUGUUACGACUUACAUUGAACCCAUUUAAACGUCAGUUAAACCUCCUAGCUAGUUAUGUUUCUUUUAUUAGUCGUUUUAAUUGUGACCGAUUUAGCCCUGGCUUCAGAUUCGCUUCAGGAUACAUCAGCUUAUAAUAAAAAUGUGGCGAAAAGUGUGAAAAAAACCAAUAUAGGCGCUCUUGGUUUUUUUGCUGCUAUAACAAACAAUCAAGUACCUGUGAAUAAAACCUACUUCGAAAGAGACGAAAAUCAGCUUCGGAUACCGAAGAAUAUAUAUGAAGAUUCAAAGAAGAAGAAAAUAAAGAAGGUACCAAAACGCACUAUCCAGAAGAUAAUUAAAAAAGGAAAGAAUAGAAGUAGAAAGAUAUACGUGAAUCCAGCAACAAGGUCGCCAACAAAUCCUCCCAUGAAAUACUUAGAGCAAGACAGCAACGAAGGUUACAGUCCUAGGAAAGAGGAAGUAACAACAGAUUCCAAUUCAAGGAAAAAGCCAAGAAAGAGCCCUAAAUUUGCAAGAUAUCCGAUGCCAUUUCACAAAUUUCAGAACAGAAAAGACGGACAUAACAGAUUUCGAAGACAAUUAGACAGAGACGACGUGUAUAUACUUAAAGAUUUAGAUGAAAUCAAGUUCCUGAGCAAAGAAAAAGAUUAUGAUGUUAUCCAGGCAAACGUUCAGAAGCAUUGGUGAAUGACGAACGGUUAGAAAUUUAAAAAAUAUAUAUAUAUUAAAAUCAAAUUUAUAAAACUAGUGUAAUUGUUAGGAAAGGUUCAGUUUUAUUCAACUGCCAUCAAUUAUUGUGGAAAUAAACUUUGUCAGAAAUAAUUUGUGUUACGAAACUUUGUCACAAUUUGCUCAGAUGUUUUACUAGAAUAUGGUUUCAGGACUAAUUUGAAUAUAGUGGUAAGAAAUAUAAAUUUAUUUUACAUUAA